AUGACAUUUUUGUCAUUUAACUCAAUAAUUGCCUACCUUAAUAUUGUUAAAUUACUUCAUAAACAAGCCAGGCUGCCCGAUUCCUUGCCGGAAAUUGGCAUUGAUCCUUCUAAGUAUGCUGGACAUAGUUUUCGGCGAGGAGGUGCUUCGUUUGCCUUUAAUUGUGAUGUCCCUACUGAUCUUAUUCAAUUGUAG